AUGGCUCGCCAAAUAUCGAGCAAUACUCCCACCCAGCAGGAGCUAUCACAAGUUCAGGCGCCGCCGGAUAGUCUCACUCGGGCUUCACAAGCGUUCUUCCAUGGUUUCGACUUCCGGGCGACCUCGGAUGACAGCCCGACGUCGCCUAUGGUCACCUCCACCCAAGAAGGACCAUCGUCCCGCCACGAGAUGUCGACGGAUGAUGAAAUCAGUACUUUGCAAGCGUUCGCCAACUCUACCAUCCAACAGGAGACCAAAGGCCACGAAAGCUUCUGUCACGCUAUCAACUACAGAGCUUAUCGUUCAGUGACAACCUCUGCUGACCGAGAUAUUCAAACACGCAUCCUGCAACGGCUAAUCGACCCAGGCUCGACGCCCUUUGAGGAUGAUCCACGAGAGUGGUUGGCCCAAACGUCUACCACGCUGAGAAGUUGUUUCAUUGAGACAGAAGUAGCGACGAAGAAGCACAUGAUGACCAUACACACAUUCGUACAGCAACUACAGCACACAAAAUCCUUAUUAAGACUUUGCGCCAGCAUCUGUGGCCCUCAGUCAGGCGUGAAUGAGGCUUAUGAUCAGUGUAUUAAGGCAGAGGGCUUUGCAAGGGAGUUGAAUAUCGCAUUCCAGCGUCGGGCAUAUGACCUUUGGGGUUCACUAACUUUGCCUGACUGA